AUGCUACCUAGUACUUUGGUUUCUUCUGUUUAUAAAACAUUAUCUAAAACAAAUCGACCCAUCUAUAAUUUAUUUAGACUUCAAAAGCCGAAAACAUUAGGAUGUCAGACUUACGCAACUCACAAAAGAUUUUACCGUCGUACAGAUAUUGUACAAAGUGACGACAAGUGGGAAGUAACCUUGGAUCAUAGGAGAUUAAAAACACCCAAUGGCCAAGUGUUAAAGCUAGGAAGUGAACAAUUAGCGAGGGCUAUAGCAGCAGAGUGGGAUGCGCAAAAUGAGAUUAUUGCACAACCAACAAUGCAUUUGACUGCUUUAUGCAAUACUGCGCUGGAUAAUCCUGGAAAAUUGACAUCACAUGAUAUUGCCAUAUAUUUAUUGGAGUACCUGAGCACAGACACUCUGCUUUUUCACUCAGAAGAAGAACAAGAAUUAUGUGAGUUGCAAGAAAAGAAAUGGGGGCCAGUCUUGGAUUGGUUUCAAAAAAGGUUUGGUGUCACUCAAGAAAUUUCAAGAAGAUUAGAACCUCCACCAGUCAGUAACCAAACUCGAGCGGUGUUAUCACGACAUUUUCUUUCCUAUGAUUUCCCAGCGCUAAAUGCUCUAUGCUUUGGGGCAGAAGCACUUAAAUCACCAAUGUUAAUGUUGGCGUGUAUGGAUCGGUAUUUAGAACCAAGAGAAGCCGUCAUGCUUGCUAGGCUCGAAGAGGAGUAUCAGUUACUGCGAUGGGGACGUGUACCAUGGGCCCACGAGCUAAACCAAGCAGAGCUGACUUCACGUGUGGCUGCAGCCUUACUCGUCAUACAGUCUUCUACCGAAAAACAUUUAGAAACAAUUAAGAGCCGAAGCGAACAAUCCAUU